GAUGUGCUUUGUCAAACUUUUAGUCAACUAGCGGAACGUGUCCAGACCAGCCACUGCAAUUGCCUCUUCUUCUAAACUAGUUUUCAGCAAAGGUGUAAAUUAGUGUUGCGUGCUGUUGAAUCUUACUUUGUGGACUUUUUUCCCGACGAAAGUUUGGGAUUUGUUUGGGGUGGACAACUUUGUCCCUCUCCGUUUCUCCUCUCCUCGCCACUUAAAAGAGUUACGCGUCGUGUGCUUCAGAGAAAGUGCCCUACAGUGGCUGCGUUCUACAGUGGAACAAUGGGUUAACAUUUACUAUAUCUUACCAUAUUACCAGUUGUUUUAUGCGGUGACUUUUUUAUUGACAAACUGUCUCCAAUUUCUGCUGGACCCUCGUCGAACCGAGCGACGUCGCAUCGACCGACUGGGAAUGCACCAACUCAACAGUCUCUUCUCGGGGAGACAAACAACAAACCCAAAGUUUACUUGAUCCCAAUCUCUUCCUCCAUCCCGGGCAAGCAACCAAGCUUCCUUUCUCAGGAGCAGCCAUGUCCAGCGUUAUGAGGAGCCUGGGCCGCUGUUUCCUCCCCGCGGAGGCGGUGGGAGAGCGGGGGAACGCUAAAGGCAAAAGCAUGGACAAGGACAUGUUGCUAGGGCGAGAGGCUCGGCGACGUAGCCGGGAGAUAGACGCGAUGCUGGAACGGGAGAGGAGAGCCACUAAACGACUGGUGAAGAUACUGCUACUUGGGGCAGGAGAGAGCGGAAAGUCGACCUUCCUUAAACAAAUGAGGAUCAUCAAUGGACAUGAGUUUGAUCGCAGAGCCCUGCUGGAUUUCAGAGACACAAUAUAUGACAACCUCCUCAAGGGCAUGCGCGUGCUGGUGGACGCGCGAGACAAGCUGGGCAUCACGUGGCAGUGCCCGGCCAACGAGAAGCAGGGCAUGCUGGUCAUGUCGUACGAGGGCUGGACGGGCGGGCCGCCGGUGGACCAGGGCACCUUCCUGCUGUACGUGGACGCGCUCAAGUCCCUAUGGGCCGAUGCGGGCAUCAGAGAAGCCUACGGGCGCAGGAGCCAGUUCCAACUGAACGAGUCGGUGAAAUACUUCCUGGACAACUUGGACCGCAUAGGUCAACAGAACUACUUGCCUAGUCGUCAGGACCUGCUGCUGGCACGCAAGGCCACGAAGGGCAUCGUGGAGCACGACUUCAUGUUCCGCCGCAUCCCCUUCAAGAUGGUGGACGUGGGCGGCCAGCGCUCGCAGCGGCAGAAGUGGUUCCAGUGCUUCGAGAACGUCACCUCCAUCCUCUUCAUGGUGUCGUCCAGCGAGUUUGAUCAGGUUCUCCUGGAGGACCGGCGCACCAAUCGCCUGUCGGAGUCCAUGGACAUCUUCGAGACCAUCGACAACAGCAAGAUUUUCUGCAACGUCUCCAUCAUCCUCUUCCUCAACAAGACCGACCUUCUGGCCGAGAAGCUGCGCGCCGGCACCGACAUCCGACGGAACUUCCCCGAGUUCCGAGGCGACCCUCGGCGACUGGAGGACGUGCAGAGCUUCCUGGUCAGGUCGUUCAGGGGUCGUCGGCGCGGUGACCGGCGGUCGCGCCCGCUGUUCCACCACUUCACCACGGCCAUCGACACGGAGAACGUUCGCUUUGUGUUCAGGGCCGUGCGAGACACCAUCCUCCAGGAGAAUCUCAAGGAUAUUAUGCUGCAGUGAGGAGUGGGCUACAAAAAUAACGACACCACAAAGACACAAAACGACACCACAAAGACACAAAACAACACCACAAGUACUCAAAACGACACCACAGAGACAUAAAAAACCUGCCAGAGUGCCCUCCAGAGUGCCUGAGAGGACUGCCAUCGAAAUGGAGAACGUUAAUCGCUUAAUCUACAGCAUCAUUCUUGAGGAGGACCUCAAGGAUAUCAUGCUGCAAUGAGGAACAACACCACUAAAAAGUGCAAACAAACACCAGAGUGCCUGUGUUACCACGUACUAGAGAGCCUAAAGGUCAGUUUAGACUCCUCCUUCAGUUGUAAUACACGUUCUGUCAGCUGGGGGUUAGCGGCAGAUUACGGACAAUUCAGCCUGGGAUAAAUCUACUUUGAGUGCUGCAAGUUUCAGCUCUAAAGAGGGGGGGCGUGGUGGCUUUUUGGGUACAUGCUCUGCCGCCACCCCUCGCUGACAGUAUGUGUGCUGCAACUGAAGGACGAGUCUGAACCAGUCUUAAUUGGGGUUGCAGGUAUGACAUAACGUUGGGGGAACUCCCCCAGGAUUCUAAGGUUCUACAUAGACUCCUAUGAGCCUGCGGAACCCCCAACGUGAUGUCAUAAUAGUAGCCUACAUUUUCAAAAAAUGGUGAACCUGCAACCCCACCAAGUCCCUGAGUCCAUUCCAUUUUCAAAUCUCCUGUCCUUGACUUGUGUUAGUGGCCUCAUGCUUCGCUGACACCCCACCUCUGUGGAGAAAACAAUCAAGUUUCCCCCACUGUCAGUCUAGGCACAACAACUUUAGGGGGACUUUGCCCCAUUCAACAUCGCGAUUGCAAAUGAGAAAAUGACAUUUGAAUAGCUCUUUUGCGAGAUAUCGAAUGAAACUUGUAUCGUCUUGCGACGUCAUCAUGAGGUCACAAGCACAAGGGAGGAUAGGCGAUUGAGACCCAAGAAGUCUGUCCAUUGACUUUCCUUGGUUGGUUUUGUUUUAUCUAUUAUCUUGGGUUCCAUAGAGGGGCAUGACAGAGGCUCUCUGUAAGAGUGGGAAUCACUUUGAAAAUAAAUCAUGCUGCAGUGUAGGACUAAUACCGUACUAGUACUGCACAAACAGCCACAAAACAAGAUGGCUGAAUUGACAUGGCACUUCAUUGUAAAGAACAUUUGUGGUGAUUGUGGCAUUUCUGUGGAGAUAAAGACUCCAAAUCCCAUCAUGCAUUUGUCUGGAAGAAGAAAAAGACUACACAUGUUGAAAUGCUGACUACAUCAGAAAAAAGUGGUAGGAGGAUAGUCCCCAUUGGAUAUACACUAGCACUGUUGCAAGGCAAAAGGUAAAAGCAUUAAGUACUAUGCGUUUCAUUUUUAGCUGUUUCAUGCUUUGGACCUCAGUAUUGCUUUUGUGGGUGUGACUUGUAAAUAUGACAUAAGAGAGAGAAUAUGAGAGGAACCACAAUGUCCAUACACUUCAGUCAAUGGAAAAAAGAAAAUGAAAUGUAAGUUUGACACUUACAAAAAAAUGAGAAAAGAAAAUAAUGAUUUCUAGCCUGUGAACAGAAAUGGGGCAUAAUCACUUAAACAAAAAAUACAGAGGGCAUCAGAUCUGGAACUUGAUUAGAAAAUUAAGCCUAAAACUUUGAUUUCUAUCAUUACUGUGAAUUUUUAUUUUUUGUUUUUAUUUUAGUGAGGCAGUGGUAUCCGUAGAGUCUGUCUAAAAAGAGCACUUACCCUCACGUCCUAUUGCGAACCCGAUGGAACAAC